AUGGCUGGUAUGAACGCCUCCGCCUCUUCCAGCCGCAAUAAGCGCACCCGCGCACCCGACUCUGACGACGAAGACUCCGCCUCCACGCGUAAACGACGCCUGUCCCAGCGCGUCGCCGAGGACGAGGAGGGGCAGGGGGAGGGGGAGGGGGAGAAUGAGGAAGACGAGUAUUAUAGGAGGAUGGAGGAGCAGGAUGUGGAAGCUGAGGGCCAAGCUUAUGCGGAGCAGGGGGAUAGUUUUAAAGUCAAAUAUGACCGAGGCGAAGACGGGUAUGUCGCGGGGUCUGUAGUGCGGAUCAAGACGACAAAUUUCAUGACCUAUGAUCACGUCGAAUUCCACCCAGGACCGCACCUCAAUAUGAUCCUCGGUCCUAACGGUACCGGUAAAAGCUCUAUCGCAGCGUCUAUCGCCAUCGGCCUCGGUUUCCCACCCAAAGUGAUGGGCCGCGCCAACGAAAUCCGCUCCUACGUCAAACAAGGUCACGACGAAAGCCAGCUCGAAAUCGAGAUCAAAGGCCGCCCCGGCACGCCCAACACCAUCAUCUGCCGCAAAUUCAACCGGAUGAACGAAAAGUCGGAGUGGCUCCUUGAUGGGGAGGUUGCGACGAGGACGAAGGUUAUGGAGGUUGUGCAGGGGUAUGGGGUGCAGGCUAAUAAUUUGUGUUCGUUCUUGCCCCAAGACAAGGUUGCGGAAUUCGCAAAGAUGGACGCUGUCACCGUCCUCAAAGAGACCAUGCGCGCCGCAGGCGAUCCCCGUCUGACUAAAUGGCACGAAACACUCAUCGCCAAAGGUAAAAAAGCCAGCGCCCUUGAAGAAAACCUAGAGAAGCACGUCGCUUCGAGGGACAAAUCCCAAACCCAAGUCGACUCCCUCGCCCCGGAUGUCGAACACGUCCGCGAACGCGAAACGCGCGAGUUUGAAAAAGAAGUGUUGGAGCAUAUCCUGGGUAUUGCGGAGCAUGUCAAGUUGAGGGAACAGUCGGUCAGGGCGGGGGUGGUGAGGGAUAAGGUGAAGGAAAAGUUGGAGGGGCAUGAGAGUGGGAGGCAGCCUUUGAGGGAUUUGCAAGAGACGUGGGACAAUGCAGUACACAAAGCGAACGGUAAAGUCAAAGUCAUGCAAGACCGCCAGAAACACACUUUUGCAAAUCUUCGAGAGACGAAACAAGCCCUCGACCAACUCGGCACGCGCAGAGAAGACAUCGCCGACCAAAUCAACAAGCUCAAAAAGAAAAUCGAGAGAGAACGUCUCGAAAAAGAGACUUGCAAGACGAAUAUCGGGAAGUGUGAGGCGAUACUGGCGGAGCCGAGGGAGGAUCAUGAGGUUGAAUUGAGGAAGGCCAAAGAGGAAAGGAGCACAUUCGAAAGCGUCGAAAGACGCAAAGAAGAUUCUGCCCGACAAGCCAGCCCUUCCAUCUCUUUCCUCCUCGACUACCUCAAAGAUAACCCGGAUAGCUUUGAGGGCAAGGUGCACAAGCCGCUUAUGAUCUCUGUCAAUGUGCCGAAUAGGCAGUAUGCUUGGCAGGUCGAGGCUUGUACUAAUUGGCCCCAACGUCAGACGUUUAUCUGUGAAAAGAAGGCCGACUACGACCACCUCAUCGCCCUCAACGGCAGGCCUCUCCCACAGAAAUACAUCAAGAACACUGGUCGAUGGAACCCGCACCGGAACAGCGGUCCGCCCAAAGUACAGCUCUACUUGGCGUUGCAGGAGGUUACGACGGAUACUUUGAAUGAGUUUGGGUUUGAUGGGUUCGCUAUCGACUUUGUGGAUGCCGAUCCUGGUGUUAUUGCAUACCUCCAGAGCGUCUGCAAGAUGCACAUCACUGCUGUCACUCAGAAACCUUCUGAAAGAGUGAGGACCGAUGAACUGCCCAGUUUGGGUUUCAAACAAUGGGGUACUGCAAAAGAUUGGACCCGAUCCAACCAGUCGACGUAUGGUAGAAAGGCGUACAGUCAGAUCAUCACUGCCAAGACGGAAUCUCGAAGUUUCAACAUCGUCAUUGACACGGAGGCUGUGGCGAAAAAGGUGGAUGAGAUUGCGAAACUGAGGAGGAAGAAGGAAGAGGCGGAACAGCCUCAUGGAGCGUUGAGGGACAAGAUCUCUCUUGUCAUUGGUCAGAAGAAGGAGAUCCAUGCUGAGGGUCGUGCGAUUGAGGAAAAGAUCAAGGCUCUCAUGUAUAGCUCGAAGCGAUAUACCAAAGCAGCGCAUGAUAUCCAACUCUUCAAAGAAAAGCUCGUUAGGCUCGAGGGACUUCCUUCCUACGAAGCCGAGCGCACCAAGUUGAAUGAUAUAAGGAUCAAGAAUGCCAGAGACCGACUUCGUCCCCUCGCAGCGUCCACCAACUACUGCGACACUGUGAUGGACAACUGUGCCGACUUGAUUGCCGCCACUUUCCGCCAAGUUCAAGCGACUACCAACAAGAAGAUGAUUGAUGACAAGGUCAAGUCUGGGAGUGCUCGGGGCAUGGUGCUGCGUGAUCGAUAUGAGACUGCUUCCAAGGCGUUCAACCGUGCCAAGGCGUUGACGAACAACAAGUGGAAUGAGAUCAAGGCCAGGCUCAAGCCUACGGACAGGACCGUGAGAGAGGAAGUGACCAAACGUGCCAAGGACCCCACCACCCUCCCCUCCGUCGACCAAGUCCUGAACGACCUCAACACCGUCAAGAACCAGCUCGAAAUGUCCGUCAACAUCCCCACCGCCGUCAUUAAGCAAUGGGAAAGGCGUACAAAGGAGCUCGAGGCGGCGCAGAAGAUUGUGGAUGAGGAAGAAGAGGAGCUUGCUGAAUUGAAGGAGGAUAUUACGGAUACUUUGGCCAAAUUCAACCCCGCUCUCAACACCCUCGUCACAGCGGUCAGCAACAAGUUCUCCGAGGCCUUUGAGCGAGUCAAGUGCAGGGGUGAAGUUGGGGUGGAUAGGUCGGCAGGGUCAGACUAUGGGAAAUGGGGUAUCAAGAUUAUGGUGGCCUACCGAGACUCGGAUGAUUUGGCGGUGUUGAGUGGCAGUCACCAGUCUGGAGGUGAACGUUCACUGGCGACGGUGACGUAUCUCAUGAGUUUGUCGGAGAUGUCGCGUACGCCAUUCUCGCUCGUCGAUGAGAUUAACCAGGGUAUGGACCAGCGCGCCGAGCGAGCCGUUCACAACCAGCUUGUCGAUGUCACUUGUGGUUCUGAAUCCGGGCAAUACUUCCUGAUCACUCCCAAGCUCCUCAACGGUCUCGAAUAUCACCCCAAGAUGAAGGUGUUGAUCAUCAACAACGGUAUACAUUUGCCGGACCCUUACGACCUGACACAACGCUACGGCGCCCUCAAGGCUUCUCUCAACAAGUAUCGAUCUACCCACGGUAUCACCGCUUAG